CCUUUUGGUGCUGGAAGGUGCUCUGAGGUCUCCCUGGAGCCUUCUCUCCCAGCCUGUCUCCAGAGCAGAGGUGCUCCAGCCCUCUGAUCAUCUCUGAUCUCCUCUGGACCUGCUCCAGCACAUCUCUGAAACAUGAGUGCCGAAACAGAUGCAGUUUCCACAUCUGCUUACUCAUCACCAGCCAAAAGUUUGGGAGACCCUGGAAUAACUCCACUGUCUCCAUCACACAUUGCGAAGGACUCUGAUGCAGACGAUGCUGUGGAACAGUUAUUUCUUGUUGUUGUGGCUAUUGAUUUUGGCACAACAUCCAGUGGCUACGCCUACAGCUUCACCAAGGAGCCAGAAUGUAUUCAUGUAAUGAGACGAUGGGAAGGUGGAGAUCCAGGUGUUUCCAAUCAGAAGACCCCAACCACUAUCCUCCUAACCCCAGAGAGAAAGUUCCAUAGCUUUGGCUAUGCAGCAAGAGACUUCUACCAUGACUUGGAUCCCACUGAGUCAAAGCACUGGUUGUAUUUUGAAAAGUUUAAGAUGAAGCUGCAUACCACUGGUAAUCUUACCAUGGAGACAGACCUGACAGCUGCAAAUGGCAAAAAAGUCAAAGCACUUGAGAUAUUUGCUUAUGCUCUGCAAUUCUUUAAGGAACAGGCAUUAAAGGAGCUCAGUGACCAAGGAGGCUCAGACUUUGAAAACAAUGAAGUAAGAUGGGUCAUUACAGUGCCUGCUAUUUGGAAGCAGCCUGCAAAGCAGUUUAUGAGACAAGCUGCCUACAAGGCAGGAAUGGCAUCUCCUGAAAACCCCGAGCAGUUGAUCAUUGCCCUGGAACCCGAGGCUGCCUCUAUCUACUGCCGAAAGCUGCGCCUGCACCAGAUGAUAGAGCUGAGCAAUAGGGCGCCUGUCAAUGGCUACAGCCCCAGUGACACUAUUGGAACUGCAUUUACACAGGGGAAGGAACACGUGCGCCGGAACCGGCAGAGUCGGACCUUCAUGGUGGAAAACGUCAUAGGAGAGAUCUGGUCUGAACUGGAGGAAGGUGAUCGGUACAUCGUGGUUGACAGUGGAGGAGGCACGGUGGAUAUGACUGUCCAUCAGAUCAGGCUCCCUGAAGGACAUCUGAAGGAGCUCUACAAAGCAACAGGUGGGCCAUACGGUUCUCUAGGUGUGGAUUAUGAGUUUGAAAAGCUGCUGUGUAAAAUAUUUGGGGAGGAUUUCAUUGAGCAGUUUAAAAUCAAGCGCCCUGCGGCCUGGGUGGAUCUGAUGAUCGCGUUUGAGUCCCGCAAGCGGGCGGCAGCUCCCGACAGGACCAACCCCCUCAACAUCACCCUGCCCUUCUCCUUCAUUGACUACUACAAGAAGUUCCGAGGUCACAGUGUAGAGCAUGCCCUGAGGAAAAGCAAUGUGGACUUUGUGAAGUGGUCCUCCCAGGGAAUGCUGAGGAUGAGCCCGGAUGCAAUGAAUGCUCUUUUCAAACCUACGAUUGACCAGAUCGUUCAGCACCUGAGUGAAGUGUUUGACAAGCCGGAGGUGACCAAUGUGAAGUUUCUGUUCCUGGUGGGCGGCUUUGCCGAAUCCCCCUUGCUCCAGCAAGCCGUGCAGAGCGCUUUUGGCUCCAGGUGCCGGGUCAUCAUCCCCCAGGAUGUGGGUCUGACCAUCCUCAAGGGAGCCGUUCUCUUUGGCCUCGACCCUGCCGUCAUCAAGGUGCGGCGCUCCCCUCUCACCUACGGCGUCGGGGUGCUGAACCGCUUCGUGGAGGGCAAGCAUCCCGCCGAGAAGCUGCUGGUCAAGGACGGCACGCGCUGGUGCACCGACGUCUUCGACAAGUUCAUCUCAGCCGACCAGUCUGUAGCCCUGGGAGAGACUGUGACACGCAGCUACACGCCUGCCAAGCCUUCUCAGUUAGUCAUAGUGAUCAAUAUCUACAGCUCGGAGCACGACAGCGUCAGCUUCAUCACCGAGCCCGGCGUGAGGAAGUGCGGCACCCUGCGCUUGGAUCUGACGGGAACUGACGCCUCCGUGCCCAACCGGCGCGAGAUCAAAACGCUGAUGCAGUUUGGGGACACUGAAAUCAAAGCCAUGGCUGUUGAUGUUGCGACCUCUAAAAGUGUCAAAGUUGGUAUUGAUUUCUUAAAUUACUAACAGCCCUUCCCCCCCACCACAGCCUGUUUGUGAGACUGAUCCUCCAGUGUUCCGUUUUUUGACUUUCCGUCUGUCAUGUCAUCACCUUGAAUUUCAGCAGGCUAUUUGAGAACAGCUAGGAAGGUGGGGUGUGUUGUGUUUGUGUCCUUUGGUGACCAAGGACUGCAUUUUGGAAGACCCUUAAAAAGUUUUGGGAGCAAAAGUUCCAGAGGUAGUAAAAAUUACCAAUCACAUAAAAAUUACCAAGUUACUCAAGCAUGCUUAAAGAUCUACCUUUAUAAAGUAAGCACUGAUUAUCGUUGGGUCCUGAAGGUUAGUUAAAAAAAUACCAAAUUGUAAUCUCUCUGCCUUGUUAUUCUUCCUCAUCCUCCUGAGAAAAACUCACUAACCCACGUGGCUGUUGUAGGGGGUGUAUCUGUGUGGGAUAUCUGUUCAAACAGCACCAUCCUCUGGCAAUGGGAGCAAAUUAGUAGUUUUAUUGUAUUAUUUUGAUUUUGCCCAGUGCUUUCAGAAUUUAAAGUGCUGAAAUCAAUGACUCAAAGAAAUAGGAUCUAAAUUACUUAAAUUCUGAGUAAAGAAAAUCCCCAGAAAUCCUUAAAAUUGUAUUUAGGAAAUACGUAUGUGUUUUGGGGGCCUGAUGUUGGUUGCUCCAGUUUGAAAGCUAGGCCUUUGUUGUCAAAGCUCUCAGGACAAGCUGUCAGAUUAAUUAGCUAGCAUUACCCUCAUUAUACUUCGGAAAAUAAUAUUAAGAACAAACCUAUUUCUCUUUUGGGUCUUCUAAAUGUUUUUUUUUAUUGGUCUCCAUCCGAAACCACAGAAUCUCAGAGUAGUUAAGCUUGAAGGGGACAUCCAUUGACUAUCUGAUAAAACCUCUGCAUUCUAAGCAGUAUCGGUCAGAACAAGUUGCUUUUUCCAAUUUUUAUUGUCUCCAAAAUGAAGAUCCCUAAGCUCCAGGCAGCUUACUUGACAACCUUCACUGCAAAAGUUUUUUCCUGCGCUUAAAAGGAAUUUCUUGAGUUUGAAUUUGUGCGCAUUGCCUCUUUCUUGCUCCUUCACUGGAUACCUCUGAGAACUCUGGCUCCAUCCUCUUUCCUGCCUGCUCCCAGGCAUUUGUACACAUUCCUAGCAUCCCCUGAGCCUCCUUGAGUCCAGCAGCCCCAGCUCUCACAGCCUCUCCUCACGUGAAAGAUCCCCCGGUCCCUUCCUCCCCUUCGUGACCCUUUGCCGGUCUCAGAGCUGUGUGUGCGUGUCUCUCGUCCUGGGGAGCA